CGACUGUUUUCUUGAGACCCAAGAGAAUCGAAAUUAUACAAAGGAAAAAAAAAAGAAAAAAAAAAGAAACCCAAACUCCAUCACCCAUCUCCUUCUUCAACCUUCAUCAAUGGCGGGUCGCAACUGGAUGUACGAGAACAACGGCGGUACUUGUGUUGCGAUCGCUGGAUUGGAUUACUGCGUAGUGGCGGCCGAUACGAGGUUGUCCGUUGGAUACAGCAUUUACACCCGUGAUUACUCGAAGAUCUGCCAACUAGCGGACAAAAGUGUAUUAGCAUCCUCUGGAUUCCAGGGUGAUAUCAAGGCUUUGCAGAAAAACUUGGCUGCAAAGCACCUGAUAUAUCAGCAUCAGCACAACAAACAAAUGAGCUGCCCUGCAAUGGGUCAGCUGCUCUCCAAUACCCUUUACUUCAAGCGUUUCUUCCCAUACUAUGCUUUCAACGUGCUAGGUGGCCUUGACAAUGAAGGAAAGGGAUGUGUGUUCACUUAUGAUGCCGUUGGAUCCUAUGAGAGGGUUGGUUACAGUGCGCAAGGUUCUGGAUCUACUCUCAUCAUGCCCGUUUUGGACAAUCAACUGAAAUCUCCUAGUCCUCUUUUGCUUCCUGCUAAGGAUGCUAUUACACCACUCUCUGAAUCAGAAGCAGUUGACAUGGUGAAAGAUGUUUUUGCUUCGGCAACUGAAAGAGACAUAUAUACAGGAGAUAAUUUAGAAAUCGUGGUCAUUAAUGCAGCUGGGAUACAUCGUGAGUUUAUUGAACUGAGGAGAGAUUAGGUUCAUUUCCUUCUGCUGCUGUGGUCAGUUUGUUUUGGAUUGUUGCAAAUGGCCCUUUGUACUUCUUUAUGAACCUGAUUUUUCCUUUAUUAUGUAAUGUAUUGGGCUAAACGUAUUUCUGGAAUUGGAUUUGCUGUCGUUGGACUGUAUCCCCUUUCUCAAGACAGAAGGCCUUUCUA